GCACCCUCGGAGCUGACGGGGCUCAGGCCGGGCCGUAUCCAGUGGCAGGUGGCGGCGGGGCUGGGACGGGAUGGGGGACUGGAGCAUGCCCAUCGGCUCGCUGGGCGAGGAGGUGGUGGCCCGGCUCUGCGAGCUCCUGGAUAACGCAAGCCGGGGCUGGCGCAAGCUGGCCGAGGUGGCUGGGGCGGAGAAACGCUUCAAGUGCAGCGCGGAGGAGCUGGAGAUGUGCUCGCUGAAGGUGCUGGAGCCCCGUGGCAGUCCCACCCAGUGCCUCCUGCAGCUCCUGGCUGAGCGUGACUGCACCCUCAAGUACCUGCUGGGCUGUCUGGAGAGGAUGGGGCACACGCAGGCCUGCCAGGUCCUCAGCAGCGCCGUCCAGGACACGAUCCGCAUCACGGUGCAACCAGAGUCGCAGGUGGUGACGGAGGGGACGCAGGUGUCCCUGACCUGCUGGGCGACCGGCCCGCCAGGGCUCACGUACCAGUGGUUCUGCGGGAAGCGGGUGGUGCCCGGAGCCACGGCCCCAGAGCUGGUGAUUGACACGGCUGCCCCACCGGGCCAGCCUGGGUGGUACAUCUGCCGGGUGAACUGCGGGGCCACCUUCAACUUCUCCAGGUGGGCCCACGUCCAGGUGGAGAAGAGCAGCAGCCCCGGCUCAGGCAGUGGUUACUGUCCGACCAUGGCGGGGCUGCAGAUCCUGCAGCAGCCGCAGCCGUGCUGUCUGGCCGAGGGGGACACGCUGGCACUGGAGUGCAGAGCCAUCGGCAACCCCCCGCCCCAGUACCAGUGGUUCAGGAACCGGCGCCCCGUGGAGGGCGCGCAGGCGCCCCGGCUCCAGGUGAAGCUGGUGACGACAGCCGAGCGGGGCAGCUACUCCUGCCGCGUGUUCAACCUCUUCCACGAGGUGUGGAGCCAGGAAGUGGACGUGGAGAUUGGCCCACGGCUCUUUGCCUCCGGAGGCUCCUGGCAGGAGGGGGACGGAGGCUCCCCAGAGCACAGCAGCCCGGGGCAGCUGUACGCGCUUCCCUCUCCCGUCCCGGCAGCCACCGACAAAGUGGCCCUGCUGAUCGGCAACAUGCACUACCUGCACCACAAGCAGCUGAAGGCGCCCAUGGUGGAUGUGCACGCCCUCAGCGCCCUCCUCCGCCAGCUCGACUUCAAGGUGGUCUCGCUGCUGGACCUGCGCAAGGCCGAGAUGGAGAUGGCUGUCAAUGAGUUCCUCCUCCUCCUCGACAAGGGCGUUUACGGUUUGCUCUACUACGCCGGGCACGGCUAUGAAAAUUUUGGCAACAGUUUCAUGGUGCCCAUCGAUGCGCCCAGCUCCUACACCUCAGCCCACUGUCUGUGCGUGCAGCGGGUGCUGCAGAGCAUGCAGCAGCGCCGCACCGGGCUCAACAUCUUCCUGCUCGACAUGUGCCGCAAGAGGAACCUCAACGACGACGUCAUCCCGCAGGUCGGUGCGCUGCAGGUCACGGCCAACAUCGUCUUCGGCUACGCCACGUGCGCGGAUGCUGAAGCCUAUGAGCUGAGCCAGGGCGAGCUCUCCAACGGCAUCUUCGUCACCUUCCUCAAGCGCUGGCUGCUGGAGGACGAGAAGAUCACGGUGCUGCUGGACAAGGUGGCCGAGGACAUGGGCACGCUGGAGAUCACGCGGGGCCGGCAGGCGCUGGAGCUCCGCAGCAACCUCUCGGAGAGACGAGCCCUGACAGACCCCAUCCGCCCUCCGGGCCGGGACGAGUCCUCCGCCAGGAACCUGCAGUGGGCCAAGGCUCACGUCCUGCCGGAGAGCCGGCACCUCUGCUUCGACUGCGGCGUCACUGUCCAGCUGGGCUUCGCCGCCGAGUUCUCCAACAUCAUGAUCAUCUACACCCGCGUGGUGGCCGCCCCCGGGGACAUCGCCAAGUGCGAGGCCAAGCUCACCGAUAUACCCGAGGAGCUGGACGUGGACCUCAAGUGCACCAACAAGGAGAGCCCGGAGGAGGUGGGCAGCCCACUGGCGCCCGCCUGGAGCCUCAGCUGCCCCUCCCGCUGCCUCUACAGCCGGCUCUGCGGCUUGCAGAAACUGCGGCGGGAGCUGGCCUUCACCAUCUGCCUGCAGUACCGCUACCGCGGCAUGGACGACUUCGUGGAGGAGAGGCGGACGGUGAGCGUGGGGAAGCCGCUCAUCGCCAAGCUCAACCUGCGGCUGGUGGCCUCCCCCUUGCCGCCCGGCAGCCCCCUCUCCACGUCCCCCCCCAGGAGCUGGGGGGCGGCAGGCGGCUCCUGGGUCAACACCCCCGAGGAGAACCUGAGCCCCGAGCUUCCCGGCUCCCACACCCUGUAGGGGGACAGUGCGGCCCCCCCCGCCCCCCACUUGUCGCCUCAGUCCCCUGGCGCCACGUCUGUCCUGCCGAGGGGCCGGGGGGGCCGGAGGUGACAUGGGCAGAGGCGAGUGCCGGGUGGGGUGAGCCCCAUCCUGGCCUGUGCUGGGGGGUGCGGGGCGCGCUGCGCGGCACGGCUGGGACCGCUGCCGCAGGGGACCGCAGCUCGGUGCUGCCGACGUACACGGCACUGCCGCUGCGGGUGCAGGCAGUGCUAGCCCUGCGUCCCCCGACGUGGCCGUGCCAGCCCCACGUCCCACCUCAGCGCCGGCCCCGCGUGCCAGGACAGCGCCCGGCAGCCUGGGGGGCAGAGUGCCCGGACCCCACGGCUCAGCUGGCGCGAGGCGUCGCGCCGGGGCAGGGUUGGGUUCGUUCAGGCCUCGGAGAAAUAGAGAGAAAUAAGCAGAUUAAGGGGCAAAUCCCGCCGGAGGGGAUUAAAGGGGGUGGGAGCAGGAGGGCUCCGGCUCCGCUACGAGGGGCUGGGAGAACACCCUGGUGCCCCCACCGCUCCCAGUAGCACCCAGUACAACUCCAAGUGGAGGGUUGUGCUGGCCCCGUCUGGGCAGUGAGCAAUUUCAGCACAGGAUUGGGAUUUAGGGGUGAAAAAAAAAUAAAUGCCUUUUUGCUUGGAUUCUUCCCAAACGUGGCCCCACGUGCAGGCAUCCGCAGAUGAUGUGGGGCGUGCUCCACCGGGUCUCAACCAGGGAAAGCACCAAUAAAGAGGGCAGGGCAGGUGGCGCAGCGCUCCAAUGCUUUUU